AUGAAGUCCUUCCUCGCUACAGUUGUCGCCUUCUUGCCUCUGGUGGCCGCGGCCCCUACGGCGGAUGCGGGCCUCGAGAAGAGGACCCCAGGCAAUGUCUUCCUCUGCACCGGCAGCGGCUGGGGCAACACGUGCGGCAACUUCUUUGUCGGCACCGGGGGCUGCAAGCCUAUCCCGGAGCCCUGGCGCGGGAGUGUCGGGUCCGCCGGGCCGGACCGGGGGGCGCUCUGCCGCCUCUUUGACGCUUCGCACGGCGACUGCACUGGAAGCGGGCUGGCGAUCCUUGAGUCCCCCGGCAACUCCAACCUGUACGCCGGCAACGACGCCGGGCACAAGGCCCAGUUCAUCGGGUGCGUCACCUGCACUGCCUGCCAAGGUUAG